AUGGGUCAAGCAAUCGGGACCCUGUUGCCAUUGCGACUGUUGCCAUUACGGCUGAGACUCUGGCUCGGCAAUUUGCUCUUUCGUCCUCUUGGUGAUUCUACAGUAAGAGUAAGCUGGCAUCGCGUCAUCAAGGGACCAUGCGACCCUCCAGAGGUGGAGGCCAUGCAAUUUGUGGCUCAGCAUACCCGCAUUCCAAUUCCUAGGAUUCACGCUAUUCACACUGAAAAAGAGACUGGCUGUAUCUUUAUCGAGAUGGAGUAUGUUAAGGGCGAGCCACUAGAGAGCGCCUGGGAUCACUUGUCAACAGGCGAAAGAGAUGCCAUCUUCGCCGAUAUCAAAACGCAUAUUUCUUGUCUUCGCGAGCUCCAACCCCCAGCACAAAACACAGUUUCGUCCGCUUUUUCAAAUCCGAGUUUUGACGGCCGGAUCGGAGCUCGAUAUUUCGGCCCUAUGAACCAUACCGAGUUCCUUUCAUUGACACGGGGUCAUUUACGCAUGGAAGACGUUGCAGAAUUCCUUGGUCAAGAGGUGGCUAAAGUGCACACAAGUCGCUAUCAGACACACUUUACCCACGCAGAUUUAAACCCAAGAAACAUUCUUGUGAGGCAUGGGCGUGUUGCUGUGAUACUUGACUGGGCAUAUUCGGGAUGGUAUCCCGAAUAUUGGGAGUUCACCAAAGCGCACUACAGCUAUUUGAAUUUCCCAGAAGAAGAUUGGGAGAAGUACCUCCGUCUCGCUCUCCCCUCUUACGAAACAGAGCUUGCGGCAGAACGAAUUCUAUGGAGGAGAUUGCCGGAGCCGGGCACCCCGGCUACAUCGUACCGCGAUGGAGUCAACUACGAACGUCCAGGUUCUGAUCCCUCGGCAACUUGGCUGGGUGAAAGAGCAGGUCGUCAGCAAACAGACUUGUGGUCUUUGGUCCUGUAG